AUGUCGACAACAAAUGUAAGCAUUAUUGGUGCUGGUCUCUCUGGCCUAGCCCUUGCCCUCGCCCUUCAGCAACAAUCUAACGUAUGCACGCUUUAUGAAGCCCGCCCUGCAACCCUCGAUAUUGGGGGCGCACUCAUGCUCACCCCCAACGCGCUGCGUAUCCUCGACUCUAUAGGCAUCUACGCCCGCCUCAAGGACAACGGCUAUAGCUUCGACAGCUCUACUUCACUCCCACGACCGCAAGCCGUCGACAGCUACGAGUUCGGCGGGGAGGCAAAUAAAUUCACCCGCGUGCUCGAAGAAACACCAUAUGAUGUGAUAUUCGAGUUUGAGGACGAGACUACCGCAACAGCGACCAUCCUUGUCGGUGCAGAUGGCGAUUGGCAUCAACGCUGCCAUCCCGACCUCCCAACUCAAAUUGCCCGAGCGGUACGACCUUCCCGUGACUAUCAGGACCAUGGGGCAUUCAUCAUCACCCCGCAGCAGCCAGACAGGAGCGAGGUGUUCAUCGGGCGGCAGAAGCGCGCACCUGAACUGGACCGGGAAGGCUGGGCUGGGAUCAUGCUGUGCCAGAUCCUGCUCGUUAUCCGCACAUCGUAUCGGGGAGAAGAUUGCCGUUUUCAUGGCCCUCGGCGCUGUGGGCUUCCAGCUCCUCACCUAGCUUGUUCCGAGCAUUAUCGAGGAAGCGGUUGCAGUAGCCAUACUGGGUGUGUUGCUUGGACCAGUCUUCCCGUGUUCAACAGCGGUGUUUGUGAAGCUGUUGCCAAGAAGGAUCUAGCUUCAGAGUUUGAGCUUUGUCGCGGCCCUGGGGAGCAGUGCAGGAGCGGCCUUUCCGUUUAUGACGGGCAUUCUGGCGCAGAGAGUUGGGACGAUGGUGCUGCAUCCUAUCUGUCUAGGACUGUAUGCGGUCAUGGGCGCAUACUGUAUAUCAUGGCGGCUUCCCACUUGAAUUCUUCAUAG